GUUUUGGGUUCGGUUGCUGGUUGCUGGGUGGGUGCCUGCCGGGGAAAGUAAACAAAACCGUUUCCUGGGCCCAUCACUCCUCCCCGUUGCCGCAACCGCCAUUUCGACAACCAACAAGCCCACCAACCGACCGCAUCGUCGCGCCACCGCCGGCGACACGGCGCGUGGAGUUUGAGGACUGCUGAAUUGCAAGCUGCAUUUUCAACAGCUCCUAAACAUUGCAAUAUACACACAACAACAAAAAGAGAAAACCGCGACAUCAUCGUGUACAUGCCAUCCACCGAACCGAACACCCACAAAAACAGCCACUCAAGAUGGCUUCCUCACCAGCCUCAACCUCCUUCCGCACCCGCCUCCAACAACAACAACAACAACAACAACACCAAAUACACCACCACACAAAACACACCUCCCUCCCCCCACUGCACAUCCAAACCCACAACCUCACCACCACCGCCAACACCUCAACUCCCAUAACCACCACCACCAGCGCCAGCCCCUGGCCCACCCACCACCGCCACAGCGCCAGCGCCGUCACAGGCACCAGCAGCAGCAGCGCCAUCGCGCUAAGCGCGGGCGCCAUCUCGCCCGACCCGGACCGCGGAUCCCGCCUGCGCCACGCAAACCGCCAGCUGCUGCGGCAGCAGUACCCGGCCAGCGCGCAUCCGGAUACUGCUAGUGCCCGCCCGCCGCUGUCGCCGAGGGGGUACUCGGCUGCGGCGGCGACGGGGCAGAGUAGGUUUGUGGAGGGGUCGAUGAAUGAUCGCGUGUCGGCGGCGCCGCCGAGGGGGUUUUUGGAUCCGGAGGGGGAUUUGGAUUUGGAUGGGGAGGGUAAUGGGGAUGGGGAGGGGGGGGAUGGGAGGGCGGUGGAGGGGGGUGAGGUUGUGGAGGUUGCGGCGGGGGUGAAGGGGAUGGGGGUGGAGAAACCCUCGCUGAGGGUGGUUGAUAGUGGGAGUGGGGGUGCGGAUUGGGAGGAUGAGGAUGCGGGUAUGGAGUGGGGGUAUGCGGCGAGGAGUCGUGCUGCUGACGGGCAUCGUAUGAAGGGGGGUGGAUUUGCCACCGCCGUGAGGGGAGGGGGCGGCGUGGAGACUUCCUCUAGCAGGUAUGCCCUGCGCAGACCCAGGAGUACUGCCGGUUGGGUUAGGUCCUCGGCCGCUUUAACUUCUGCUCCUCCUCCUGCUCCUCCUGGGGCCGCUGGGCAGCAGCAGAGGGGUGGGGUUGUCAAGAAGACGAGCUUCCUCGCCCCGCUGUGGGAUGGGGUGAGGGAGAAGCUAAACCUGAGCAAGUCGAAGUCGUCGGGGAGUAUCGGGAGGGUUGUUAACUCCGUUGUUGGCGGUGGCGCUGCGGACAAGAAGAUUGACCGCGAGAAGGAGAAGGCCCGGCUCAUGGGCGUAGAAGAAAAGGAGAAGGCCGCUUCACCACCGCCACCGCCGGGGCCAGCAUACCCCAGUCGCGAAGAGGUUAUGGAGAGUUACAAGAACUUGGUCGCGUCGGGUUUCUUCGAGGCGCAUGCCAUCCGGGGCGGGAGACACCCGUUGCGGACGGGCGGCGCUGCAGGGAAGGCCUUCGCCGAAACCAUGACUAUCCCAGAAACGUCACCGGCGCCGAGCCGGAAGUCCUUCUCCGAGCAUAUGGCCGCUUCGCCCGGAGCUACCGUUUCAUCGGGCAGGUCAUUCGCUGACCACAUGGCCGCGCAACAAAAGCCGGCUCCGCCCGUCCCAUCGCCCACACGGAUGCCUCCUCCUCCGCCGCCUAGGGGCUCGUCAAGGGGAAAGUCGGACAUCCUGUCCUCUCCACAGCGCGGGACCAAGCGUGGCGCGUCAAUGGACCUUGCUAGCGACGCCGAGGUGGUUACCCGCAAGCUCGUCAAGAAGCUGCGGCACUCAGCCUCGCGCCUAUCGAUGGAGUUGACGGGUGCUAGAGGCAACUACUACUCCACCUCUGGCACGCUCAGGUCUCGCCCGUCAACUUCCUGCGGCGCCCCCGGCCCGCUCUCCCCAACGUCCUCCGUCUUUAGCGGCAUCACCUCCCCUCCGUCAGUCAGGGCUUCUAUGGACGGUACCAGGUCACCCAGGUACGGCAAACUUACCAAGCCCAAAGACGGCCGCCGCCGGCGCAUCCUAGGCCUUACCCGCCGACGCUCCCCGGUGCGCGCGCCAGUCACGGCCCCCGCCGAGGCAGACCCCGACGCCAUGAUGCUCGACGAGCCGGAGCUGACGAGCGCGCAGCCCGAGCCUGCCACCAUCACCGUAGGCCCGGCCCCUAGAAUGCACAGAAACAUCACCCCGCCGCCCGCCGCCUUCCGCACGCAGCACCCGCGCAACCAGCGCACCGGCAACACCGCCGGUAGCCCUACGGACACGCAACCCGAGCCGCUGAGCGUGGUGCCCGACCCGAACCAGGGCAUCCCCUUCGUGCCGCGGAUCCCGCGCGAGUUCUGCGACGCCAUGGCCGCCAUCGUGCCGCCGGCCGCGGCCGCCGUGACCGCGGCGGUGGUGGUGGAGGGCGAGGUCAAGGACAAGAAGGAGGAGGAGGACGGCAAGGGGAAGCUGGUCAACCGCGACUCGGGGCUCGGCGAGGAUGUCGAGAAUAUCCCCGUUUGGGGGUAACUCCCCAGAUGGUUGGCUGGCUUCUUCCGUCUCUCUUCUCCCUCCGUCGGCAUCGGGCAACAUUUACGAGCCGACAAAGUCCUGUCUGUGGUCCGCAGCCCGGUAUCACUGGACGGUUGUGGCGCAGCGGCGGUAGUGUUUUGUGUUUAUUAUUAUUCUCCUUUGUCAUUUUUCCUUUGCUCUCUUAUAACCUACCGACCGGGCCAGGGGCGGGCUGGGACCUCUCCCAACUCGCUUCCCUCUAAGGCCCGGUUUGACGACGCAACUUGACGAUCUGACGACGACGUUUCGGAACGAGGCUUCUCUUUUUCACGGAAAUGGGAAAAUACAUACGGGGUCAGGGCUUAUGGG